GGAGACAAGAUAUAGUGAAUGCAGGGUCCGGGGAGACCAGAUAUAGUGAAUGCAGGGUCCGGGGAGACCAGAGAUAGUGAAUGCAGGGUCUGGGGAGACCAGAUAUAGUGAAUGCAGGGUCUGGGGAGACCAGAUAUAGUGAAUGCAGGGUCCGGGGAGACCAGAUAUAGUGAAUGCAGGGUCCGGGGAGACCAGAUAUAGUGAAUGCAGGGUCCAGGGAGACCAGAUAUAGUGAAUGCAGGGUCCGGGGAGACCAGAUAUAAUGAAUGCAGGGUCCUGGUAGCUCUUCAUUCAGUUACUUUCAUUCUUUCAGGGAUAACAGUUUUACAAAUAAAAGUUGAUCAAUGUAAGAAACCCUGUUAGUAAAUG